CCCUCUUCUACCCGGACCACCACCACCGCCUCUCUAAACAUCCAACUCGGAGCCAAGUUCUCCCAGCGCGCGAUCACGAGCUACGUAUACGCACCAAUACAGAAGAUACGCCUAGCUUAGAACUGCAGUACCCAUAAUCGUCCCGCACUCACACCUAGAACGCGAGUGUCAGUGAUCAUACAUCUGGCAGCUUGACUAUUAUGGGCCCGUGGCCGUUCCUACCUGCGCCAUUCUCGACGCGGGAUAUUACCACCACCUCCGACUCCCUUGAGCCUCUCGCAGUCGUACUCGGCCUCGCAUCUCUGCAUGCUGUAGGACUCGCUCUUGCACGGCUCGAUCAGAAACCGCUUGGCGCGCCUCGGAACAAGUCGUGGCUACCGGACGACAUCCUGUACGACAUAUUCUCCUAUCUCGACCCGGCGGACGCCGCGCAGGCAGGGCUCGUUUGCACACAAUGGCAUCGGAACGCAACGCACGCGUCCUACCGGGAAGUCACCCUCCACACGUCCUCACCCUUCUCGCGCUCUCUUGCCCGUACCCUGUUGAAUAACCCGGACCUCCGCCGCCACGUGCGCCACUUGACCGUCGUGCACUGCGCACCGUACCCCCAGGAACACCUGUACGAAUGGAUAUAUCUCCUACCCCCCUUCUCGCUGAAGACUUGUCGCAUUUUCGGCGUCCCCGCGGCCACCACUACGAUGCGGAACGCGGUCGCCGUCAACACGACGUACAGAACGGAGAUCGCGUCGUUUGGCUACAGAUACUCGAAGGAUGUGCUGCUCAGCAACAUUGCAGCGGCAGACGAUCCUGCGUGGAGGCAACUGCUCAUCGACAUGCUCGCCGAGGGCUGGCAAGUGGCCUACAUGAAGCCGUACCAGGCCCACUUCGAGGCUGUCUCCGGGGCGCUCACGUACCCAGAUGCCGUAGAGCGCUUCUCCGAGUGCAUAGGGCUUAUCAUGCACGACCCCGCGAUAUUCCAAGCGGACAUCACGGUCAUGGAUGCGCGGGGGGUGACGCGCGAGCGCGUGGAUGCGCUUGUAGAGGCGGCCGGAAAGUACGUCACCGCGACGACGUGUAUCUCCGUGACCCUCACCUACCAGUUCCCCUGCGUCGGCGGGGCGAGUGGAGAUGGGUCUUCGGGCUCGGGCAAGACACCCCGGUUUGCCCGCUUGGAGACCGUCGAGGGGGACGUGCAGCAGCUCGAACCCUCACGAUGUCUGUGCACUUCCCCGCCGGUCGACCCGGCACUCCCGUUGACCGCCGUGAUCAGAGGGGGCGUGGGCUUCACGACAGAGCACCUCACGGAAGCAGCCGUGAAGCGGGUCGUGGACUGGCGCAUUAUGGCCAAUUGACGUUCGAGGAGCCGUGUCCUGUUUGUGAAUUGUCCAUGAUGCGCUUGUACUAUC